AUGGCCUGCGCGAUAAAUAUAGAGGGUAAUAGGGAGUCGAAUAGUGACUGUAUGAUUCAUCAAUAUUUGAAUCAUUCGUUCCAAGUCAAACUUAAUGCUAACCAAAUACCUGAAGCAGAAAUAAGGAGUGAUAGAUUGCGAACACAAGCACAAGAAGUCAAUGUGAAUCGGCACGGAUGGCAUGAGCGAUUUGAGAGUUGUGUUGGCAUUGCCAAAGGGAACCGAUUCGAGUGUGAUGUGACAUACCGUGACGAACCUGCAAAGUUUGGAGGCUUCAGACCAAGAUCGUGGAAAAGGGCAGUGAUUACGAGAGAUCUCGAAAGGGGACGUACUGGUUGUUUGCAGCCACGAAAGACGGGAAUCGGUGGUGAUCUGUGGUGUGGUAAAUGUUUGUGCGCGGGUGUGGUUGGUUGUCCAAGUGUACCACACGGUACCAUGAUAGGGUUGGUUGUGCGGCUUGCAGUACCGAUACUUAGGUCUCAAAUUGUGAUAUUGAAACCUAAGUAUCUGUUCUGUGAACCUGUCGCACAAUACAACACGGAAUCUUGA